AUGGGUUUGUUGAAUUUAGAAGAAGACACCGGUGACAUUUGUUCGGAGUUGGUUUUCUUUGUGAAUGGGAAAAAGGUGGUUGAACCCAAUCCUGACCCAGAAUGGACUCUCCUCUGGUAUCUUCGCAAGAAGCUUCGUCUGACUGGCACCAAGCUAGGCUGUGCAGAAGGUGGCUGUGGCGCUUGCACCGUCAUGAUUUCUAAAUUCAACCGAAAAGAGAAGAAAGUACAUCACUUAGCAGUAAAUGCAUGUUUAGCACCAGUGUGCGCUAUGCAUGGCCUAGCCGUCACCACAGUAGAAGGUAUUGGGUCAACCAAAACCAGAUUACAUCCAGUACAAGAACGUAUAGCUAAGGCGCACGGCUCACAGUGUGGAUUCUGUACACCGGGCAUUGUUAUGUCCAUGUACACUUUACUAAGGACCAAUACUACAAUAUCAUACAAUGAUAUGGAAGUAGCCUUCCAAGGAAACCUUUGCAGAUGUACAGGGUACAGAGCCAUUAUAGAAGGCUACAAAACAUUCAUAGAAGACUGGGAGACGCAACGUAUUGCAAACACAGCAAAUGGAACUUCUAACGGAGAACCAAAUGGCCAAAAUCGUGUCUGUGCCAUGGGCAAAGACUGUUGUAAAAACAAGACUGAUAAAGACGAAGAACCAAGUGAAACAGAACAUAUAUUCGACAGAUCCUCAUUCUUGCCAUACGAUAAUACUCAAGAGCCUAUAUUUCCACCUGAACUAAAGUUAUAUUCCGUGUACGAUGAACAAUCCUUAUUAUUUAAGGGACAGAAAGUUUCAUGGUACAGGCCAAAAGACUUAAGCUCCAUGUUGAAAUUGAAAAGCAAGUAUCCCGAAGCGAAAAUAGUUGUAGGCAAUACUGAGGUUGGAGUUGAAGUUAAAUUCAAACAUUGCGUGUAUCCAACUAUAAUAAUGCCAAACUGCGUGCCAGAACUAAAUGCCAUUACUGAAAAUGAGAAUGGAUUAACUAUUGGAGCAGCAGUAACUUUAAUGGAGAUAGAAAACAAUUUAAGAAAAUAUAUUAACGAUUUGCCGAAAUAUAAAACACGAUCAUUCGUCACCAUUAUUGAUAUGCUUAACUGGUUCGCAGGCAAACAGAUUAGAAACGUUGCAGCUAUAGGUGGAAACAUAAUGACGGGUAGUCCUAUAUCAGAUUUAAAUCCGAUACUAAUGGCUUUAAAAGUAAAACUUAAUCUGUUAAGUGAAGAUGGAGGACACCGCUCUGUUUUAAUGGACGAAACAUUUUUCACUGGUUAUAGGAGAAAUGUAGUGAAACCAAACGAAAUAUUAUUGUCCAUAGAACUUCCUUAUACUAAUAAGUACCAGUACGUGAUGGCAUAUAAACAAGCUAAAAGGAGAGAAGACGAUAUUUCUAUUGUUACAGCAGCAAUAAACGUCGAAUUUGAAACCAAUACGAAUGUUAUAAAAUACAUCAAUAUCGCUUAUGGUGGUAUGGCUCCAGUUACUAAACUGGCUACUAAGACGAGUGAAUCUCUUAAAGGAGAAAAAUGGAACGAAGCUAUGCUGGACAAAGCUUUCUCGUCUUUAAUCGAAGAGUUACCACUGAACCCAUCAGCACCUGGAGGAAAUAUACAAUUCAGGAGGACUUUAACUAUGAGUUUGUUCUUCAAAGCUUAUUUAGCUAUUGCUAAGCAAAUGACUAAGGACUAUAUUCAUGAGGAUCUUAUCUUGCCUUAUCAUAGCAGCGGCGCUGAACAAUUCCAUGGCGAUAUACCUAAAAGUGCUCAAUAUUUUGAUUUGGUUGGAGAUGAACAGAUUAAAAGCGACGCCGUCGGAAGGCCGCUGACUCACAUGUCAGCAUUCAAGCAAACCACUGGCGAAGCUAUCUACUGUGAUGACAUGCCUGCAGCUGAAGGAGAGCUGUAUUUGGCAUUUGUUUUAAGUACGAGAGCACAUGCAAAAUUACUUUCAGUAAACCCCGAAAAAGCUCUGAAACAAACUGGCGUUGUCGCGUUCUUUUCCGCAAAGGACUUGACGCCUGAACAAAACGCAAUUGGUCCUAUUUUCCAUGAUGAAGAGCUAUUUGCUAGUGAGAAAGUAAUAAGCCAGGGCCAGACUAUUGGUGUUAUUGUAGCAAAAGAUCAAGCUAUUGCUCAAGAAGCAGCUAGGAUGGUUGAAAUCGAAUACGAAGAUAUACAUCCAAUCAUAGUAACAAUAGAAGACGCUAUUGAGAAGAACUCAUUUUAUCCACAAUUUCCUAAAACUAUAAGGAGAGGUGAUGUUCAGAAGGCUUUUGAUGACAAGAACAAUAUCGUUAUAGAGGGACAGUGUCGAAUGGGUGGACAGGAACAUUUUUAUUUGGAGACACAUGCGGCAUUUGCGAUUCCUAAAAAAGAAGACGAUGAAUUAGAAGUGUUCUGCUCAAGUCAACAUCCUUCAGAAAUAGCGAAACUAAUCAGUCACAUUCUACACGUACCGAUGAAUAGGAUCGUAGCUCGAGUAAAGCGUAUGGGUGGUGGAUUUGGUGGUAAAGAAUCUCGUGGAAUGCUGGUGGCGUUACCUGUUGCGUUUGCAGCUCAUAAGCUCCAGAAGCCAGUGCGAUGCAUGCUUGACAGAGAUGAAGACAUGAUGAUGACUGGCACAAGACAUCCAUUCUUGAUCAAAUACAAAGUUGCUGUAACUCAAGAAGGAAAACUAAUGGGUGCACAAGUUAACAUUUACAAUAAUGGAGGGUACUCUAUAGAUUUAUCAGGCCCCGUAGUAGAAAGGGCAAUGUUCCACUACGAGAAUGCUUAUUACGUGCCCAAUGCUGAAGUCACCGGACACGUUUGCAAAACUAACUUACCUUCGAAUACUGCGUUCCGAGGUUUCGGUGGCCCGCAGGGUAUGUUUGGUGCGGAGAACAUAAUUGAAGACAUAGCAUUUAAAUUAGGAAAAAGUUCUGAUGAAAUCCGCAGGAUUAACUUGUACAGAGAGAAUUCUAUAACUCACUACAACCAAUCGUUGGAAAAUUGCACGCUACAAAGGUGUUGGGAUGAAUGUAUUGAAAAGAGCAAAUUAGCUGAAAGGAGGCAAUUUAUCGAACAAUUCAACAAGGAACACAGAUGGAGAAAGCGCGGUAUAGCGAUUAUUCCAACCAAAUUUGGAAUAGCGUUUACCGAGAAAUUGCUAAAUCAAGCUGGUGCUUUAGUGCUGAUUUAUAUGGAUGGAUCUGUUCUCCUAUCUCAUGGUGGUACAGAAAUGGGUCAAGGCCUUCACACCAAAAUGAUACAGGUCGCUUCACGUGCACUUGGCGUGGACGUGUCUAAGAUUCACAUCAGCGAAACUUCAACAGACAAAGUACCGAAUACUUCAGCUACGGCAGCUAGUGCUGGCUCAGACUUGAAUGGCAUGGCUGUGUUACAAGCUUGCGAGACACUCGCGAAAAGAUUACAACCUUUCAAAGAAAAGAAUCCCAAUGGUAAAUGGGAAGAUUGGGUUUUAUCUGCUUGGAUCGACCGAGUGAGCUUAUCUGCUACAGGGUUCUAUGCCACGCCUAAUAUUGGUUAUGAUAUAAAGACGAACACAGGCAUACCCUUUAAUUACUUUACGUUUGGUGCUGCAUGUACCGAGGUCGAAAUAGACUGCCUCAGUGGUGAUCAUCAAGUAAUUAGAAGUGAUAUUGUAAUGGAUCUGGGUGAAAGUUUGAAUCCAGCUAUAGAUAUUGGCCAAAUCGAAGGCGCCUUCAUGCAGGGUUAUGGCUUAUUCACUAUUGAAGAGCUAAUUUACUCUCCAAAUGGUACAUUGUUCUCAAGAGGACCCGGUGCUUAUAAAAUACCUGGAUUUGGCGACAUUCCACAAGAAUUUAAUGUGUCUCUGCUGAAAGGAGCUCCGAAUCCAAGAGCAGUGUAUUCUUCGAAGGCUGUCGGUGAACCGCCGUUAUUCUUGGCGUCAUCAGCAUUCUUUGCUAUAAAAGAGGCUAUAAAAGCAGCACGUGCUGAUGCUGGAGUGUCUUUGGAAUUCCGUUUGGAUGCGCCGGCAACCUCUGCACGCAUUCGUAUGGCCUGUGAGGACCACAUUACACAGAAGCUCGAUCAACCGAAGGAAGGUAGCUUUGUACCCUGGAACGUCGUACCUUAG